UUGGGGAGGUGAGAGGUGAUUUCCUGCCAUUCUUCUGCGGGGCGGCUUCCCAGGGCGGUCAUGCCAGGCUGACGGGCGCAGUGCGGGCUCCCGCUGCUGGGGGGAGAGCUGGGUUUUCAUGGGGCGGCAGCCGAGGCAGGACCCGCAGCCAUGAACCGCUUCAAUGGGCUCUGCAAGGUGUGUUCGGAGCGCCGCUACCGCCAGAUCACCAUCCCGAGGGGCAAAGACGGCUUUGGCUUCACCAUCUGCUGCGACUCUCCAGUCCGAGUCCAGGCUGUGGAUUCUGGAGGCCCGGCAGAGCGGGCAGGGCUGCAGCAGCUGGACACGGUGUUGCAACUGAAUGAAAGGCCGGUGGAGCACUGGAAAUGUGUGGAGCUGGCACAUGAGAUCCGGAGCUGCCCUGGUGAGAUCAUACUGCUGGUGUGGCGCAUGGUUCCCCAGAUCAAGCCUGGGCCAGAUGGCGGGGUCCUACGGCGGGCCUCCUGCAAGUCAACGCAUGACCUCCAGUCACCCCCCAACAAGAGGGAGAAGAACUGCACCCAUGGCGCCCAGGCACGACCGGAGCAGCGCCACAGCUGCCACCUGGUGUGCGACAGCUCAGAUGGGCUGCUGCUCGGUGGCUGGGAGCGCUACACCGAGGUGACCAAGCGCGGGGGCCAGCACACCCUGCCUGCGCUGUCCCGUGCCACUGCCCCCACCGACCCCAACUACAUCAUCCUGGCCCCGCUGAACCCUGGGAGCCAGCUCCUGCGGCCUUUGUACCAGGAGGACACCAUCCCCGAAGAAUCAGGGACUCCCAGUAAAGGAAAGUCCUACACGGGCCUGGGGAAGAAGUCCCGGUUGAUGAAGACAGUGCAGACCGUGAAGGGCCACGGGAACUACCAGGACUGCCCUGUCCUGAGGCCGCAUGCCACGCACUCAAGCUAUGGCACCUAUGUCACCCUGGCCCCCAAAGUCCUGGUGUUCCCCAUCUUUGUACAGCCUCUAGAUCUCUGCAACCCUGCCCGGACCCUCCUGUUGUCGGAGGAGCUGCUGCUGUACGAGGGGAGGAACAAGGCUACCCAGGUGACGCUGUUUGCCUACUCGGAUCUGCUGCUCUUCACCAAAGAGGACGAGCCUGGUCGCUGCAGUGUCCUGAGGAAUCCCCUCUACCUCCAGAGCGUGACGCUGCAGGAAGGUUCUUCAGAAGACUUGAAAUUCUGUGUGCUGUAUCUAGCAGAGAAGGCAGAGUGCUUAUUCACUUUGGAGGCGCACUCGCAGGAGCAGAAGAAGAGAGUGUGCUGGUGCCUGUCGGAGAACAUCGCCAAGCAGCAACAGCUGGCAGCGUCGCCCCCGGGGAGGAAGAUGUUUGAGACGGAGGCAGAUGAGAAGAGGGACAUGCCCUUGGAGGAAGGGAAGGGGCCAGGCGCUGAGGAAGCCCCACCCAGCAAGGACCCCUCUCCUGCCCAGGAGCUUCCUUCAGGACAGGAUCUCCCACCCGAGGACUCCUCUUCAGAGCAGGAGCCCACUCCUGGCCAGGAAUCACCGUGCAGCAAAGAUCCACCUCCCAGCCAAGAGCCCCCUCCCGGCCCAGAAGCCCCGCUGAGCGAGGACUCCCCACCCGCCCCAGACCUCCAGCCCUGCCAGGACCUUCCUGCUGCUCCAGGUCCCACUCCGAGCCAGGACCCUCCGCUCGCCAAAGACCUCGCUGACAUCCCGGAACCUCCUGCCCAGGACCUCCCCGCCUCUGGGGACCUGCCUCCUCACCAGGCCCCCCCGCCAUCCGAGGCCCUCGCCGAGGAGACCACUAGCUCUGGGGACCCCCCAGCCGCCUCCAGACCCACCUUUGUGAUCCCCGAGGUCCGGCUGGACAGAACCUACAGCCAGAAGGCAGAGGCCGAGGGAGGCAGCUCUGGAGAUGAGGAGGAGGCGGAGGAGGCGGAGGAGGGCGAGGAGGGCGAGGAGGACGAGGACGAGGACACGAGCGAUGACAACUACGGGGGGCACAGCGAGGCCAAGCGCAGCAGCAUGAUAGAGACGGGCCAGGGCGCCGAGGGCGGCCUCUCCCUGCGGGUGCAGAACUCGCUGCGGCGCCGGACGCACAGCGAGGGCAGCCUGCUGCAGGAGGCCCGCGGGCCCUGCUUCUCCUCCGACACCACCCUGCACUGCUCGGACGGCGAGGGCACCGCGUCCACCUGGGCCAUACCUUCGCCCCGCACCCUCAAGAAAGAGUUGGGCCGCAAUGGCGGCUCCAUGCACCACCUCUCCCUCUUCUUCACGGGACACAGGAAGAUGAGUGGACCUGAUGGAGUUGGGGACGAUGACGAAGCUUCUCAGAAGAGAAAGAGCAAAAACCUAGCCAAGGACGUGAAGAACAAGCUGGCCAUCUUCAGGCGGCGAAAUGAAUCGCCAGGGGCCCAGCCAGCGGGCAAGACAGACAAGAUGAUGAAGUCAUUCAGGCCCACCUCGGAGGAAGCCCUCAAGUGGAGUGAAUCCCUGGAGAAGCUGCUGCUUCACAAAUAUGGGUUAAUAGUGUUCCAGGCCUUUCUUCGCACCGAGUUCAGCGAGGAAAACCUGGAGUUCUGGCUGGCUUGUGAGGACUUCAAGAAGGUCAAGUCACAGUCCAAGAUGACGGCCAAAGCCAAGAAGAUCUUUGCUGAAUUCAUUGCUAUCCAGGCGUGCAAGGAGGUCAACCUGGACUCGUACACCCGGGAGCACACGAAGGACAACCUGCAGAGCGUCACACGGGGCUGCUUCGACCUGGCACAGAAGCGCAUCUUCGGGCUCAUGGAAAAGGACUCGUAUCCUCGCUUUCUCCGCUCUGACCUCUACCUGGACCUCAUUAACCAGAAGAAGAUGAGUCCCCCGCUCUAGGGGCCACUGGGGGAGAACUCAGCGUUCACACCAAGCGGGCUGGGCCCCUGCCCACCUGCCUCCCACCCCCCUGCGACGGAAGGGGCAAGCAAGCCCCCAGAGGCUGCAUCUCCGGACAGACAGAUGGACAUUUGGAUUCGAGACCUGGACCUAGAGAGGCCCAGGGCACUGGAGGAGGAGAAGGACCAGCCUAUUGGGUCCCCAAUGCCCCGGUACGAGGGGGCCCAAGGGCCCUGGCAGGUCGGGGGCCCCGGCUGCGCCAGAUUUGGAGCUGCUGCUCCCUGCUUUGGAGACGCGGAGAUUUUGUGCUGACCAAGUUCCUUACAGAACUGGCUGAUGGGGCAGGAGGCCCAGGCCUGGGCCCUAGGGCUCUCCUGGGGGCUGCUGGGCCUUACAGCUCAGACCCCCACUUUGAGUUUUAUUUAUUUAAACAGUAGUUGGAUGCUUGGCACGUCAUCCCGUAAUAGGAAACCCUUGCCUCGUCAGUUUUCCUGAUCUACAAGUGCAAUAUUUUAACCGAUGCCUUGUGAGAAGCCACCUGCAGAGAAGGUGGACACCAGUGUCCAGUUUCAGGGCAUUUACUGGUCCCGGGCACCUGGGCCUCCUGGACUGACGAGGCCCAGAGGGGAUAUCUGGCACCCCCUAGGUGGCGUGUCCUAGGGGGCUCCGGGAAAGGAUGGCACCCUCAGACCACACAGCAGCCAAGUUCCGGAGCAAAUAAAAGGCCUGUGUUAUUUCUCGC